AUGCAAUUUGUUCUUCCUUUCAUGCUAGGCCUGGCGUGGCUGGCCAACGCGGCCUACAUCCCUUCCUUGAAUAAGACCAAUGUGAACGAGCUUGCUGCUCGUGAUGUCAGUGGAUAUCGCUCUGUGGCCUACUUUGUCAACUGGGGCAUUUAUGCUCGCAACUUCCAGCCUCAGGAUAUCCCUGCUGAGAAACUGACUCACAUUCUCUACGCAUUUGCUAACAUCCAAAACGAUGGUACUGUGGUUCUGUCGGACACAUGGUCUGAUACUGACAAGCACUACUCCACUGAUUCCUGGGCUGAUACCGGAAACAAUGUCUAUGGCUGUGUCAAACAGCUCUUCCUUCUUAAGAAGCGAAACCGCAACCUCAAGGUCCUUCUGUCGAUUGGAGGAUGGACCUACUCUCCUCAAUUUGCCCCUGCCUUUGAUACUGACGCUGGACGCCAGAAGUUCGCUGAUAGCUCUGUCGAGUUACUCAAGAACUUGGGUUUUGACGGACUAGAUGUUGAUUAUGAGUACCCUGCGAACGAUGAUCAGGCGGACAAGUUUGUCGAUGCCCUUCGCCGUACUCGUCUGGCAUUGGACUCGUACAGCUCAGCCAACGCAGGCGGCUAUCACUUCUUGUUGACCACCGCAUCCCCUGCCGGCCCUGCCAACUACCAGAGAGAGCACCUCUCCCAGAUGGACCAGUACCUGGACUUCUGGAACCUGAUGGCCUAUGACUAUGCCGGAAGCUGGGACACGAUCUCUGGACACGACGCUAACCUCCACGCAUCCAGCAGCAACCCGGCUAGCACUCCCUUUAACACGGACCAAGCCAUCGACUACUACACUUCGCACGGAGUCGCUUCUGACAAGAUUGUUCUGGGGAUGCCGCUGUACGGUCGUGCAUUCGCUGAUACUAACGGCCCCGGUCAAUCUUACAAUGGUGUUGGUGGUGGCAGCUGGGAGAAUGGUAUUUGGGACUACAAGGUCCUCCCCCAAUCUGGCUGUGCAGUCACAAACCUGAACCAGGAGGGUGCUAGCUAUUGCUACAACUCGGGUUCUCGGUUGUUCAUCAGUUAUGAUACCCCCGACAUUGCCCGUCAAAAGGGGGAAUACAUCAAGUCCAAGGGUCUUGGUGGUGGGAUGUGGUGGGAGCUCAGCGGUGACAAAACUGAUGGUGACAGCUUGAUCUCUACGGUUGUCGACACUGUCGGUGGCACUGGCGCUCUGGACAAGACCCAGAAUCAGCUGGGCUACCCUGCUUCCAAGUAUGAUAACCUGAAGGCUGGUUUCUGA